CAGCCCCGGUCCCUACCUCCGACCCCCGCAGUCCUCCCACCCGACACGCCCACAGUUCUGUCUUCCUGCGCCACCUCUUCUCCUUACCCCACCCCCGAUCCCCUAGAUGUUCACCACCUCCCCCAGCUGUUCCCCUCUCCUCCCGCCAUCGGCGGUGAGCGCAAGAGGCACUUCCCGAGCGCGGGCAAAUCAGGCGGGCUGCGUGUACAGCCGAGGGGUGGGGGAGGGCGGGCGACGAGGGGCGGUGCGGUCUCACUCUAACUCCUAGUGACGGCCCAGGCCUGGCCCGCCCCCCGAGCUCUAGGAUAGGCGGAGCCUCCCUCUGGCCCGCCCCCUCCCGCCCUAUGCUGUCGCCGAUUGGCUCGGGUGCGUGUCGGGUUGCGCGGCUCGGCCCUGGCGUUCGCCCGCGGGAAGGCAGCAGGGGCGGUUGAGAAGUGAAGUCUUGGCCGGAGUUUGCUUCUUGCCAGGAAAUCCGCGGCGGCGGCGGCGAUUCCCGGCGGAGCGGAGGCCGGCCGGCCCCGCGCUCCUUCAGCGGGCCGCGGAAGCGGAGCAGACGCUGGGCUGCGGCGCCGGGAGCCGGGCGUGCCCGGGCAGGCGCGCUCCCCCGAAACGAAAUUGAAUGAAAAGCAGCGGCGGUUCAGGAGGAGGAAACAGUUGUGAGCUCUGGUUGACUGGAACUGUCUUCACUUUAAGAAUUUCACAUUCUUGCAGCAGUGGUACUUAUCUGUAGAUUGGCUUUCGUCCCAGGACAGAUUUUGAUUUUUAUUUAUUUACUUUUUCUCUUGCUUGUACUGUGACGCAGCACUGAUAAAGUUGAUCUCAGUAGGUCAAUUUUAUUUCCUUGGAUAGAUUUGAUUCCCAUCUCCACACCCCUUUAGAAAAUGGACUUUGAUCUUGUAUCCUUUUUGGCCUGUCAGAGCUUUCUUGAGCCACGAAUAACAAAAGUUUUGCCUUUUUAGCUUGUCCAAGUCCCACACAUGAGUUUUCCCAUAGGGGUAAAAUGUAGGCCAACUCGGAACCGAAGUAGAGUAACACUGCUUUUAAUUUGUCCCACCUGUGUGUUAGCAGUCAUAAUUCUGUAACUUGUUCCUCUCUUUUUCUCAUCGGGUUAUACAGUUUUCAUUAUUUAUUCUUCUAGCAAAUGGGUGUCUUCUGUGUGCCGGGCGUGGAUGGCAGAGGUCAGCUCUUGCCCUGAACUGGCUCAUGGUGUACCAGCUACCUGAAAGCAAUUUGAACAGGUGCUGUGGGAACUUAAAUGUGGGAGCAUUUCUGCCUGGAGCUUGUUAAGGAAGACCUCACACAGGCACUUCCAAUUGCUGAGAGAUUUUCAUUCUAGGCAAAGGGGCUGGCGUGUACGGUGUUGCUUUAUGAGAGCUGCAUAUGGUUCCUCUGGCUGAAGCACACAGUGUCUGGGGUUGGAGUCGUGGCCAGGGCCUGGUGUAUUAUUCAUUUCCGAGCACUUAGCACUUUGCCUUGCUUACAGUGGGCACUCAAAUAUUUAUUGAACUGACUUGAACAGAAACAUGAAGGAUUUUGUAUGCCGCAUUAAGAAAUUUGGGCUUUAUCCAGUCAGUGAAUACAGAGCUGCUAAUUUUAAGUAGGAGAAUGUCAUGAUAACAUGUGCAUUCCAGAAGGAUAACUGUGGCAGUCUGGAGGAUGGUGAGGGUCCAGAUGGGAAGUAGGGAGACAGAGCAGGAGCUGUUAUACUGUAGGGUUUAAGUGCUCAGCACUUUUCGAUUCACGUUAUCUGGGUUUGAAUCUGGCUCUGUCGCUCAUUAUGUAACCUUAGGUUCUUCGUCUCAUAGGGUUUGGGGGAUAAAACUUGAAAAACAUGUAUGCUACUUAGAAUAGUGCUUGGCGCAUAGGAAGAACUUGGUAGAUGCUCGUUGUUAUUCUGCGUGAGGGCAGUGGAAGUAGAGAUGGUGCGGCCCUUGGGAGGUGUGAUUGGUUGGAUUAGUCUAGAAAAACAGACCUGGGUUUUAGUCAAAUACAUCACUGUCUUUUAAAGAUCAAACCUUUAAUGGAAGUCUAAUGUAUGAAGAUACAGAAACUGCUUCCGCUGAUUCAAAAUGGGAACGACAAACGAUGAGAUGGUGUCUGUGGAGCAGACCUCUUCCUCCUCCUUCAAUCCUCUGUGUUUUGAAUGCGGCCAGCAGCACUGGACACGAGAAAACCACUUAUACAAUUACCAGGAUGAAGUGGAUGACGACCUGGUCUGCCACAUUUGCCUUCAGCCUCUGCUGCAGCCACUAGACACCCCCUGUGGACAUACCUUCUGCUGCAAGUGCCUCAGAAACUUCCUGCAAGAGAAGGAUUUCUGUCCAUUGGACCGGAAGAGACUCCACUUUAAGUUGUGUAAGAGGUCUAGCAUUCUAGUUCAUAAACUUCUGGACAAAUUAUUAGUUUUAUGUCCGUUCUCUUCAGUGUGCCAAGAUGUAGUGCAGCGCUGCGACCUGGAGGCACACCUUAAAAACAGAUGCCCUGGAGCUUCUCAUCAGAGAGUUGCCCUGGAGAGACGGAAAACUAGUAAAGCUCAGACGGAGAUCGAGAAUGAAAGUGGAACCAUGGUCAUAGAUCUUCCAGCUACUUUAUCACCCGAAUCGGACUGUUCAGGGCCGACCCUGACAUCGGCGUCCCUUCCCGCCUGGACAGAGGAGCCUGGCCUGGACAACCCCGCCUUCGAGGAGAGCCCUACCGGGGACACCACACAGCAGCCACUUAGUUUACCAGAAGGCGAAAUCACCACAAUUGAAAUUCACCGGUCUAAUCCUUAUAUUCAGCUAGGAAUUAGCAUUGUGGGUGGCAAUGAAACGCCACUGAUUAACAUUGUUAUCCAGGAAGUCUACCGGGAUGGGAUAAUCGCCAGAGAUGGGAGACUUCUUGCUGGAGACCAGAUUCUUCAGGUCAACCACCACAACAUCAGCAGCGUGUCCCACAACCACGCCCGCGCCGUGCUGUCGCAGCCCUGCAGCACGCUGCACCUCACCGUGCUCCGGGAGAGACGCUGCGGCGGCCGCGCGCACAGCCGUCCCGUGGGCGGCUCACCCCCGGAAGAGGUUUUCCAGGUGGUUCUUCACAAACGGGACUCUGCCGAACAGCUCGGCAUCAAACUCGUCCGAAGGACCGACGAGCCGGGCGUCUUCGUCCUCGACCUGCUGGAAGGGGGGCUGGCGGCGCAGGACGGCAGGCUGAGCGGCAACGACCGGGUGCUGGCCGUCAACGGCCACGACCUGAAGCACGGGACACCCGAGCUGGCUGCCCAGAUCAUCCAGGCUAGUGGCGAGAGGGUGAAUUUAACAAUUGCUAGACCAGGGAAACCCCAGCCUGGAAACGCUGUCCGAGAAGCAGGAACUCAGAGCAGCCAGCACCACGCACAGCCGCUGCCUUACAACAGACCCAGCUCACAUAAGGAUCUUGCCCAGUGUGUUACAUGCCAAGAAAAACACAUUACUAUAAAGAAGGAACCACACGAGUCCCUUGGAAUGACAGUAGCUGGGGGCCGAGGAAGUAAAAGUGGCGAACUGCCCAUCUUUGUGACCAGUGUGCCACCUCAUGGCUGCCUUGCACGUGAUGGCAGAAUCAAGAGAGGUGACAUCUUGUUGAAUAUCAAUGGCAUCGAUUUGACCAGUUUAAGUCACAGUGAGGCUGUGGCUAUGCUGAAGGCCAGCGCCACGUCGCCCACGGUGGCCCUGAAAGCACUGGAGGUGCAGGUUGUGGAGGAGGCCACCCAUGGCCCAGAUGAGCAGCCCAGCACUGUCAGCGAGAAUGAGUAUGAUGCCAGCUGGUCCCCGUCAUGGGUCAUGUGGCUUGGGCUGCCCAGUGCCCUUCACAGCUGCCAUGAUAUAGUUUUGCGAAGAAGUUACUUGGGAAGCUGGGGCUUCAGUAUCGUUGGUGGAUAUGAAGAAAACCACACCAAUCAGCCUUUCUUCAUUAAAACCAUUGUCUUGGGAACUCCUGCUUAUUACGAUGGAAGAUUAAAGUGUGGAGACAUGAUCGUGGCCGUAAACGGCCUGUCGACCGUGGGCAUGAGCCACUCGGCGUUGGUCCCCAUGCUGAAGGGGCAGAGGAACAAAGUCACACUGACAGUGGUCUGCUGGCCUGGCAGCCUGGUGUAGACUCUGAAGUUGGUUUUAAGUCAAACAUCUUCCUUUUUUUAGGGCUUGGAAAGAAAACCCUUUGGUUUUGUCGAGUUUCUGUUUGUAAGGGGCUGCCGACACAGCUGGGUAUACGCAGGGUCAAAACCACUAGGCUCGUCUUUUGUUAUUGAAAUGGUUUCCUUCCGUUUGCCAGCUCAGUGCCCAUCUUCCACUAACCCUUGUGAGACCACAUUUUCAGAAUUCAGAUUCUCAGCUGUCACAAUGUGAGCUAUAAUAAAGAAUGAAGUCCGCCCAAACUGUGAGCCAGCCGGCUGGGUCAGAUGACUUCUGGUGGCUCUGUUUUCACUAACUGAGUCAGAAAAAUGAGUUCCAAGUGCCCAAGACGGGCAGCACGUGCUGCCCCUGGGGCAGCAGUGCUGGGAACGGAUGCGUUCGGAGUUUGGAUAAGGCUUUCCCAGUUUACACCAGUGCCACAUUUCAAAACUUCAUGCUGUUUAUAAGGGGAUUUUUCUGGCUUAUUUUAUUUCUGCUUUAAUCUCAGUACUCAUAGAUGAAGACACUAAGUCUGAGACCCCUAAAGAGAUUUUUUAAAAAUAAUGUACCGUUAUUAGAAUAGUAGAGAACAAAAGAUAACACUAUCCAGUGACAAAGGGAUUUGGAGAUAAUUAUAGUUCAGAGCUGGAGAUGGAAAAAGCCGCAGUUACUUGCACAGUCCAAACGCAUUAAAGAGUCAUUUCCAAGAGGAUGUUUUGUUAGGUAGGAAAAUUUUGAAGCAGUUUUUGCUAAAAAUCGUUUUCUAGCGUUUGUAUUAUGCUCCUAUCAGCAAACUUGGCUGGAAAUGUUUCUGUGAUUUAUGCAAUUAGAUGAUAAAAAUGAAACCAGAUUGCUGUUAAAUGCACAUGCAUAUAUAUCACAGCUAAGCAGAAGACACACCUUUUUUACUUUAUUCUCAAGUGUUUUAGAAACCGUUAUUUUUCCCCAUUAUUUCUUUACUUAGUUAUUUCAGGAAAAAUUCUGAAAGAUACUAACAUGUGAAACCUGCUAUACCAGAUUUUAAAAACACUUUUCAGUCAGUCCUUCUUGGUCACUAGACUAUCUCAUGCUUUUUGAAAUGUUUUUGAAAACUGACCAGCCCAUUUGGUUUGUCUUUUAACCAUUUGUCCAUUGUUCCAGUUGUCCAUUGGAAGCACACAUAAAGAAGUGAAUAAGAGGAAAGUCUUUACCUUAUGAAUAUUAUGCAUACUUGAAAAAAGUUUCAUUUAGAAAUCUAGUUCAGAAUCUGAGCUAAUAUAAGUGACCUCUAAUAAAUGGUGUUGAUGGUCAGAGAAUGUAUUUCAGAAUACUACAGUAUAUUAUGAAGCAUGACCACUUUAUUUCAAAACUUAGCAGUUGCCUUGCUGGGGUUUAUUGUUUCUGUAGCGUGUCACAGAUUAUUCCAGUGAGUUUUUUAACGAUUGUUUUUAAACAUAUCUCUUGACUAAAUAAGAAAUGGCAACAAUAAUCAUUACUGACUUGUUCAACCCCUCAGCGACACUGUAUGAUCAGCAGUUAACCAAGAGGCAGUGGAAUGCCCUAUGCAGUAUAUUACUGUUAUGUGAUGAUGGGCUUUUGAAGCAACUUGAUAUUGAAAUGCUUUGUUAUUCUAAUUGACAUAGAACAAGUUUUUUUUCCUGCUCCCCAAAUAGAAUUUUGUAGCCUACUUUGCUAUUUUUUAAAACAUUUUGUAAGAAUGCAUCAUUCUUGGGGAGUGGUCACCCAUCAACAAAUAUCCUAACUGCCACUUUGUUAUAAAUAAAACGCUUACAGCGAACCUGGUGAUAAAAUGAAUAUUUUGAAAGACGACUUUUUUUCAAUAUUAUUUUUAUCAUGGAAAUCUUGAAAUCAGUUUAAGCUAAUUUGGUUUUAUUAUAAAAGACUAUAGCUGUUGGUCAGAAUGAUAUUUGGUGAUGGAAACUUGUUCAUAAUUUAUUGAUACUGUCGAAAUAUUUGAAUUCUCUCAUUUUAAGCUUAGAUAUUUUGAUUUGUUCUGUGCCUUCAGUUUAAAUUACUUCAGGAUUUUUCAGAUGUGUUUAAAUAAUGGUGUGAUAAUCAUUUAGGAUGGAAAUAAAAAUCAUCCUUUCCGUAA